CAAAACGAAAAAUCGCGAGGAUUGAUUUCGACAUAACAUGUUCCGGCAAAAGCAUAAAAGAUGGCUUAAAUGGCGAUGGCCCUUUAGAUUUUGACAAUGGCGAAGAUUGAUUUUGCGGAUGGCCUGAAAAUUUCAGGAUAGAGCAAAGAUGUUACCGAACUUGGUUAAAGGAGAGGUGAAGGGCAAACCUGGGCCCCUCCUCCUACAGCGAAAUUCUCGCUAACCAAAAACAAGCAUCUAACCAAAUUUAGCACCAUGUAUAAAUCACUCGAAACUCUUCAAGCCUCAAAUCAAAUUGAAGUUAGAUUUCUCUUUUUGACUUGUUCAUUCUUCCCAAAAGGAGAGACGAAUUUGCAAAGGUCGUGCCAAAUUCCUCAAACUCAAAUGCUGCUUAGCUCCAACAACCACAUGGCAUUGCCUUUGAAAGCCCUCUUUGCCUCGUUGCUUGCCAUUGCCUUGACGUUGCCCGAUCUUCACAUUGCGAAUGCCGCAGCCGCUCGUCAUCAUCCCCAUCUUUCCUCCUCGUGGCGACAUGCCGCUCACCAUGUGGUUGGAAAGAGAGGACGUUACCACCAUCACCGGGGGGCUUAUGCCCAUCCCGUAAACCGCCACGCGCCAUCGUCUCAUGCUAAACACCACCGGCCCCGGUUCGCGCCAGGCCCUUGGAAGCAGGCUCAUGCCACCUUUUAUGAGGGUGGCUCCGGUACAUUUGGGGGAGCCUGCGGUUAUCAAGACGUGGUGCAGCAAGGCUAUGGCUAUGAGACGGCGGCGGUGAGUUCGGUACUGUUCAACAAUGGGCAGACGUGCGGGGCGUGCUACGAGAUAAAGUGCACCGAUGACCCUCAGUGGUGCCAGCUUGGCCAGCCUUCUCUCAUCGUCACGGCGACCAACCUCUGCCCACCCGGUGGAUGGUGCGACCCGCCCCGAGAGCACUUUGACGUCGCCAAGCCUGUCUUCACUAAGCUGGCCAAGGACUACACCGCUGGCAUCGUCCCGGUCCAGUACCGCAGGGUGCCAUGCCAGAAGCAAGGAGGGGUCCGAUUCACCAUAACCGGGAACCCGUACUUCAACCAAGUGCUGGUGUGGAAUGUGGGCGGAGCUGGUGACGUCGUGAGCGUACAGGUGAAGGGCAACAAGGUGCCGUGGACUACGAUGCAGCGCUCGUGGGGCCAGAAAUGGGAGACCAACGCCAUGUUGGUUGGGCAGUCCAUCACCUUCCGGGUUAGAGCGAGCGACGGCCGAUUCACAACUGCCUGGCACGUCGCCCCAAGCAACUGGCAAUUCGGUCAGACCUUUGAGGGCAAGUAACUUCAAGUGAAGAUGGAUAUGAUACAUACGUGAUACGUCGUCUCCUUUUAACCUUCUCAUAGCUUUUUCUUGAAAGAUAGUUCGUCUCUUCGAACUUGCUGGCCCGGAGAGGUUUGCGAUGUAGAGGCAACUCAUAUCAGUGUAGGCAUAAGUUUCCGCAAAUUUAGAUCUAGUGUGUCAAUGACAAUACACUUGAUUGAUUGAUUACCCAACAAUACUUGAU